CUGGCAACAGCUCGCCAGCCCAAAUGUUGAACAUGAGCUCAGGCCAGGAGCAGGCUCCCGAUGCCCCCUGCAGCCCGGCGGGCACUGCCAGCUCCAUGUCGCACGUUUCGGACUCCGAUUCGGACUCUCCUCUGUCCCCGGCCGGCUCGGAGGGGCAAGGAUCGCUCAGACCCUCCGGCAUCUCCCCCCUCCUCUCCAAGAAGGAUCCAGACGCACCGAUGGACGAGCGAUUCCCAGCCUGUAUCCGGGAGGCGGUGUCCCAGGUGCUGAAGGGCUACGACUGGAGCCUGGUACCCAUGCCAGUCCGGGGCUCCGGAUCCCUCAAGGCGAAGCCCCAUGUCAAGAGACCGAUGAACGCCUUCAUGGUGUGGGCACAGGCUGCCCGGAGGAAGCUGGCAGACCAGUACCCCCAUCUGCACAAUGCGGAGCUCAGCAAGACUCUGGGCAAACUCUGGCGCUUGCUAAGUGAAAGCGAGAAACGUCCUUUUGUCGAGGAGGCUGAGAGGCUGCGGAUCCAGCACAAGAAAGAUCACCCCGAUUACAAGUACCAGCCUCGCCGGAGGAAGAGCGUCAAAGCUGGCCAGAGCGAUUCGGACUCCGGGGCUGAGCUGGGCCACCACCCUGGAUCUCAGAUGUACAAGUCUGACUCUGGAUUAGGAGGGAUGGGAGAUGGACACAUGCAUGGAGAUCAUGCAGGUCAAAACCACGGUCCUCCAACUCCACCAACCACCCCAAAGACAGACCUCCACCAUGGCGGCAAACAGGAGCUGAAGCAUGAAGGACGGAGGAUGUUGGAGAAUGGCAGACAGAACAUUGACUUCAGUAAUGUGGACAUUAACGAGCUGAGCAGUGAGGUCAUCAACAACAUUGAGACUUUCGAUGUCCAUGAGUUUGACCAAUACUUGCCACUGAACGGUCAUGGACCUAUUCCGGCUGAUCAUGGGCAAAACUCCGCGGCACCGCCUUACGCGGCGCCCUAUGCACAUGCAGCCGGAGCCACGCAAGCCCCCGUCUGGUCACACAAAAGUUCUUCAACUUCCUCCUCGUCUCCAGAAUCUGGUCAACAGAGGCCUCACAUCAAGACAGAGCAGCUGAGUCCUAGCCAUUACAGUGACCAGUCCCAUGGGUCUCCUACUCACUCUGAGUACAGCUCCUACAGUGCCCAAGCUUGUACUACAACUGUGCCUAGCUCUACGGUACCAAAUUCGUUUCCCAGCUCUCAGUGUGACUACACAGACCUCCCAAGCUCCAACUACUACAAUCCCUACUCUGGCUAUCCGUCCAGCUUGUACCAGUACAAUUAUUUCCAUUCGUCCCGGCGUCCCUAUGCCACACCUAUCCUCAACAGCCUGUCCAUUCCACCCGCGCACAGUCCGAACUCCAACUGGGACCAGCCAGUUUACACAACUCUGACAAGGCCUUAAACGUGAGAGUUCUUGGACAUACCUUUAUGUCUGAUUGUUAUCGUCUUCCAAGACACGUGCACUAUAGACAGAACGUACAGAUAGAAGGCACCGUGCCAGUUCCUUUACAAGUGCCUGCUGAGAACCCUGAGGACGUUUUGGUUAUCCUCCAGACGUCUCUAAAGAAAAAAC